UUUUACUCGAGCAUGUUUGAUCCAUUCGCAGAUAGACAUUCCCAUGUAGAUGGUGAACCGAUAGCCCUGGGACGACAGUCUGAGGUGGACAGGACUGCUCUGGAAUUUCGUCAACCUCUUGUUGGGACGCCCCUGGAUCUUCCUUCACUUAAUAUAUAGCAUGGGUCCCGUGCUGAGCGCGGCGAUGUUCUACACCAUGUGCGCCGCCUUUUCCCGUUGUUGUCCCCCGAGUCACAUCGUGAACCCCUGCACCUGUUCUGGACCCUCCAGUUUCACCGUCCUCCGAUGCGACAACCUCGCAACCGUGGAUAAUCUCCGACAAGUCACUCGAAACCUGCACUAUCACACGCACGACUUCGGCAAAUUCAGCAUGGCUGACUCCAAGAUCACUGUCCUGGAACCGGAAAGUUUCGGUCCGCUUCGGUUCGAGUACAUCUUCAUCAAGAAGUCGACCCUCACCGACAUCAAAGACGGAGCGUUGGAGCCCUCUAGGGACACCUUAAAGAGAAUCGAAGUCACUCACUGUGAACUUAGGUACUUCCCCUUCAGAAACGUCUCAACGUUCCCGAAGCUGGAGAACAUUCAGCUCAGCUACAACCACCUGAAGACAAUACCCGAUUACGCGUUCAAGUACAACCCGAACCUGAAGAAGAUCGACCUGUCUUUCAACAAGAUCUCCUACAUCGGAAACUACGCAUUUUAUUACGUCCCGUUUCUGAAAGAGUUGAAUCUGAAGAACAAUCGAUUGAAAGUGAUCAAUAACAACGCGUUUGCGGUGCACGUCAAGCCUAACGACGACUUCGUCUUGGACCUGUCCAACAACCAGAUCCUGAUGAUGGCCGAAGGAGCGUUUCAGAAUCAGUUCUUCAAGAUGCUCAACAUGUCGAACAACAGGCUCAAGUCUCUGCCCGAGAAUCACUUCAGGCCUCUCAUGGAACGCAUGGCUGUCAAGCUGGACGGUGGUGUGGACGUACAAGGAAAUCGGUUGAAUUGCUCGUGCGGCAACGUUGAGUGGCUCAUGGACAUGCAGCCUUACUACCACAGGUUCAUCAAAGGCUUCGAAUGCUCGGAAACGCACAAGAACCUGGAGCACUUGUCCCGGUGGGAACUCGGAUGCGAAGGCUCCAGGAAUCCGAAAAGCAUUCUACGUGACGUCACAGUGACGUGAUCAAAGCACAGUGGAUGACGUCACGAUUGUAAUGAAGGACAGAUCUGUAGUUACUGCGAGUAGAUUCUUUGAAAAUAUCGCAAAAAUAAUCUUAUUCGCGGUAUACUUUGUGAUCUAUAGGGUUCCAUUAAUGAUCAGUGUCGAUACA